UGGAUCAGAUGGCAGACUUGGUGCUCAAGUCCCUGGACCUGCAGAUCCCUCAGAACAACAAAAAGCACCACACAGAGGAGAUGGGCAGGAGGAGGCUCAUCCUGCGCCGAGGCCAGAAGUUCGGGAUCCAGCUGUUUUUCAACCGACCCUUCCAGCCCCAGAAGGACCACAUCACCUUUGUGACUGAGACCGGACCCAAGCCCACCGAGCUGCUGGGGACCCGAGCCUCAUUCUUACUCUCACAGCCCCAGCCUGGGAAUGUCUGGAGCGCUUCUGAAUUCACCAUGGACUCUAACUCUCUUCAAGUUUCCAUUUUCACACCAGCCAAUGCAGUCAUUGGCUAUUACACACUGAAGAUGGAUCUCGCUCAGAGCCAGCAUCAUAGUGUCACUUACCCCCUGGGGAACUUCAUUCUGCUUUUUAACCCGUGGAGUUCAGAGGAUGACGUCUACCUGCCAAGUGAAAUACUGCUACAGGAGUAUAUUAUGAGGGAUUAUGGCUUUGUUUACAAGGGUCGUGAAAGUGUCAUCAGCUCCUGGCCCUGGAACUAUGGGCAGUUUGAAGAGGGCAUCCUAGAUAUCUGCUUUGAGAUCCUGAACAAGAGCCUGUAUUUCUUAAAGAACCCAUCCAAAGACUAUUCUCAGCGGAAUGAUGUGGUCUACGUGUGCAGGGUGUUGAGCGCCAUGAUCAACAGUAAUGAUGACAGCGGUGUGCUGCAGGGGAACUGGGGAGAGGACUACUCCAUGGGUGUCAGCCCACUGGAGUGGAACGGCAGUGUGGCCAUCUUGAGGCAGUGGUCAGCCAUGGGUGGGCAGCCUGUGAAGUAUGGACAGUGCUGGGUCUUUGCCUCUGUUAUGUGCACUGUGAUGAGAUGCUUAGGUGUUCCAGCCCGGGUCAUUUCCAAUUUCCGUUCUGCACACAACACGGAUGGGAACUUGACCAUCGACACCUACUAUGACAGAAAUGCAGAAAUGUUGCCAACUCUGAAACGAGACAAAGUGUGGAACUUCCAUGUCUGGACUGAGUGCUGGAUGAUCCGGAGAGACCUCCCGCCAGGUUACAAUGGGUGGCAGGUUCUGGACCCCACUCCCCAGCAAACCAGCAGUGGGAUGUUCUGCUGUGGCCCUGCCUCUGUGAAGGCCAUCAAGGAAGGGGACAUCCACCUAGCCUAUGACACACCUUUUGUGUACGCUGAGGUAAAUGCUGAUGAAGUCAUUUGGCUCUUGGUGGACGGCCAGCCCCAAGAAAUCCUGGCCCACGACUCCAGCUCCAUCGGGAAGGAGAUGAGCACCAAGAUGGUAGGAUCGGACCAGCGCCAGGACAUCACCAGCUCCUACAAGUAUCCAGAAGGGUCCCCUGAAGAGCGGUCUGUAUUCAUGAAGGCUUCUCGGAAAAUGCUGGGACCGCAAAGGGCCUCUUCACCCCUUCUGGAUCUUCUGGGGUCUGGGGGCUUUGAGGACCAGCCAGUGCAGCUCCAGCUUCUCCUGGCCAGGACACCUGUGUGGGGCCAGGACCUGCUGCUCCUUCUGCAUGUCUGGAGGGUGCCAGACAGGGCCCACACUCAGGGUCCUGUCAGAGUGAAGGUGCACUUCUGUGCACAGGCCCUGCUGCAUGGGGGCGGCGCUCGGCAGCCCCUCUGGAGGCAGAUGACGCACUUGAAUGUGGACUUUGGGAAGGAGAUACAGUUGCUGCUCCUGCUGCCCUACAGCAGUUACAGGAACAAGCUGACAGAUGAAAAGCUGAUCCGAGUGUCUGGCAUCGCCAAGGUUGAAGAGACAGGACGCUCCAUCCUGGUCCUAAAAGAUUUCUCUCUGGAGCCUCCCCACUUGUCUAUUGAGGUGACUGAGAGGGCUGAGGUGGGCAAAACCCUGAGCGUCUACAUCACCCUCACCAACACCCUAGCCGUGGCCCUGAGUAACUGCACCAUGGUGCUGGAGGGAAGUGGCCUCAUAAAUGGGCAGGUAGCAAAAAAACUUGGGACCCUUAUGGCUGGACACACCAUCAAAAUUCAGCUGGAGAUCUACCCCAUCAAAGCUGGUCCCCGCCAGCUACAAGUCCUCAUCAGUAGCAAUGAGGUCAAGGAAAUCAAGGGCUAUAAGGACAUCUUUGUUGUCACAGCUACAGCUUCCUGA